GCUUUAGCACCUGCUGCCGUUUCGACGUCACUUUCUCCGUCAUUGUAGACCUCUGACGAGAAUAGUGCCCCGCAUUUUUCCACGAGUAAAACGAGCUCCGUCUUGCAUCCACAUGUAUGACAUAAUCCGGGACGGCACCCAGGCUCGUACUAAAGCGUGUUAUGCCAACUUUCAAAGAUCUCCCAGACCGUGAUCUACGUCAACGAUGCUACCCACUGUCGCAGUUAUAGGUACCUGCGACACCAAGUUAGAGGCUCUUCUCUUCCUUAAACGCACUAUUCAGUCAACUGCCGUCUGCGAUGCUAUCCUGAUCGACAUCGGGUCAUAUCAUCCGUCUGAUUUGCGGGACAUCGACAUUCUCCGCUCAGAUGUAUUGAAAGAACGUACAACCAUUGUUCAUGAUGCAUCUUCCCGCGGAGAAACCCUGGAGACUAUGACCAUCGCCUUAACGCAGCUUCUAGCACGUUUACACUCAACUCAGAGUAUCGCAGGGGUCAUCGGCGCGGGAGGCUCGGGUAAUACGAGCGUCUGCACGAAAGCGUUCCGAGAUGCCUUACCCAUCGGCUUUCCUAAGCUGAUGGUGUCCACUAUGGCGUCGGGGAACGUUGCCCACUAUGUGGGUGAAACAGAUAUCACAAUGAUGCAUUCUGUCGUCGACGUCGCCGGCAUGAACCCAAUAUUAGAAGUCAUCCUAGGAAAUGCAGCACAUGCUAUCUCAGGGAUGGCGAAACGUUCUCUUAUUCGUGUGGAUUUGAAGUCAUCACGCCCGACUAUUGCAGUCAGCAUGUUUGGCUUGACCACUCCCUGUGUGCAGGUAGCUACCCAGAAGCUGGAGGAGCUGGGGUACUCUGUAGUGGCAUUCCAUGCCACAGGGACUGGAGGAUUAGCAAUGGAGAGACUCAUCCGCGAGGGCCGCUUUGUUGGGGUCCUUGACAUCACUACUACUGAGCUUGCGGAUGAACUAGUGGGUGGCAUACUCACUGCUGGUCCUCACCGCCUUGAGGCAGCAGCAAGGUGUGGUGUUCCACAGGUGGUGUCGGUGGGAGCCUUGGAUAUGGUAAACUUCGGAUCAGUGGACACCAUUCCGAAACAGUUCCAGGGGCGACUAUUCUGUCAUCACAACUCUUCAGUCACUCUGAUGCGCACCUCUCGCGAGGAAUGCUCAAAGCUCGGUCAGAUCAUGGCAGAAAAGCUGAAGGGAGCCCCCACCAACAAGACACGCGUUAUCCUGCCCUUGCAAGGUUUCUCGGGUAUCGACAAAGACAAAGGUCCAUUUCGCGAUGUUGAAGCGGAUGGUGCUCUGCUGGAUGCACUAAAGAGUGGUUUGUCGUGUCCAGUGGAAGAGCUUGAUGUGGAUAUCAAUAACCCUUCUUUCGCAUUGAGGGUCGCCCUAGCAUUGCACGAGCUAUUGCAGGCGGACAGACAGUAGAUUGUAAUAUGGUGGAAAUAGCAAUGAAAUUCUCGACUUCUGCAAUACCAGUGUAAUAUAGAUAGGGAAUAGCAGGCAAAACAGUUACAAUGUAGCGAACAAGCAGAUAUCCACGUCCAUUCAAAGUCCCAUGUCCAUGGCCGUUGUACAGCUGUAGUGUAGCAUAUCCGGUCCUGGUGAAUGUGCGACAAGGGAGGCAAGAGA